GUCUUUUGAAAAAAAACGUGUGUAAAUAAAUAGAAUGUACCAGUAAAUACCUCUUAGAAAUAUGUUUGCAAGUUGGAUAGGCAAUCUAAAACUGAUUUCUUUUAAGGAAGAUGGAGCUACAAGCAUAUUUUAAAUUGGGCACAAAUAUAAAUUGGUAAGAUUUUUUGGACAAUUUGACACAUACACUUCUUUGGAUUUAAUCACCAGUCGAGUGGAUUUGAAAAUUAUAAGAUCAUCAACGGAAAACAUUUUCUUAACAUCAUUCUUUUAUGUUUUCAGAGCAGGCCUUACAACAUUUCUCAUGCUCAGGGUUGUAAACAAAACUACAAUAUGGCUAAACCGUGUAUCAAAGUGGCAUCUAUGGACGUCAGUUGUGACACACAUGCUUGGAAAGUGAAGGAGAAACAUGGAGAAGAAUAUGGCUUUGAACAACGAUUUGGAGUCCAAUUUGACGAAAUUGAGAAGCAAGAAGCAGAUGUUGUCAAUCUACAAGAAAUUCGAUUUCCGGAAAAUCUAGAGAUUAUCAAGGAAAGGAAAGGAGAAAAGUAUAAUGUUCACCAUUUCUAUAAUAAUAAGGAUGGAAUGAGUUUCCAUAGCUUAAUAUGUGUCCGGAAAGAUAUUCAUUGCGAGUGGAAGGAUAUAAGUUCCAAACAUUAUUGGACGACGAUUGAUAAGAAUACCAGAAAACCAAUGCUAAGUUCUGAUCCAAACGCUAGGGUUGAAAAGAAUGAAAGUGAAAAUAUUAAAGGAGAUCCCCAUGGGCGAUGUGUGGGGGUAGUAGUUUUAGAGCACAAGAAGACCUCUAAAAAGCUUCUUAUUGCUUCCGUACACGUUGUACCAUUUGGUCAGACGAAGGCAGCCCAGCAGAUGGCGAGCUUAAGUUUGGCAAAUAUGGCGUGUGAUAUCACUGGCGAGGACUGUCCGGUUAUUUUGGCUGGUGACUUUAACAUAUUUAACGAUGAGCGAGAGGACGGUACAUUUCAGUUGAUCAACAAAUAUGCCAAGUCACUUUCCCUCAGAGAAAUACCUUUAAAAAAGAUGACCAUUCCCGAUAUGGAUGAUGUAAUUGAUCCAGAACAAAUCGGCACGUUCAACCCAUGGUCCACUGACACGAAUGCUGAAAUGGUAUACAAACAACCCUUGGGUUACUCGAAAUUGGAUGCCAUAUUUGCAUCGACUUCGUUGGAGUGCAAAGAUGGUGUCACUGUUUAUCCAGUUCUAAUGAGAAAGGGUAAAGGUGCAUCAAUGGACCUUAAUGACCCAUCUAAAAUGAGCGAUGAAGACAAGAAGACCCACACUAAGUUACGGUACAUGUUCAAAGAUAAACUGGCAUCAGAUCAUUUUCUCCUCACUGCCAAAUUCACUUUCAAAAUAGAAAGUGCAAUUGAGAAAAAAUGAACACAAAUGAAAACUCUUGGUUCCUGGAUGAAUGGCCAUCAUUGCAAGGACGUUAUGCUUUUAUAUAGAACCCCUAUAGAACACAAGCAAAUAUAUACAUUUUAUCUACAUCUGCAAACCAAUUGCUAGAAGAGAGAACAUUUACCAAGGAGAGGUUUGCACACUGGGUUUGGUUUUGGAACAUCCCCUGCAAGAUUGAAAAGCAACAGACACAUAAUUUUGCUGUGUGACUGUCAAUCGACUUUAAGCUUAACAUCAUGGCUAUACCAUCAGCUUUUGGAUGCCUCUUUUAGAAUCACCAAACCUAAGAACACUGACAAAGAUACACAGAACAUAAGAAAUAGCCACAAAGAGAUCUACAACUCCCAACAAGGACAAAUGUGCACUUAGGGUCAAGGUCAUCUACAACUCCCAAUAAGGAUAAAUGUGCACUUAAGGUCAAGGUCAUCUACAACUCCCAACAAACACAAAUGUGCACUUGAGGUCAAGGUCAUCUACUGAAGGAAUAAAGAGAAACGUACAGACAGCUCAAACAAGGAAGCAGCUAAAAUAGCAAAUUAUCUACUAGUAUAGGUCGCUCAUUUAACUAAAUAUGAGUCUUACAAAAUAUCAAAGACAACGUUAACAGUCGUGAGAUGGGAGAUAUAUGGGAGUUAUAUUUACAUAUGCAGAUUUACAUGGAUAUCAGCAUUUAAUAUAAAAUUACAGGGUGGUCAAAAACUCGCCACAACUUUUGAAUAUUUUAUUUAAUUCCCACCUACCUGCCCGCUUUAGUUGAGCCGCAGUCACCGGAACAGAGUACAGGGUAGAGUUGUCCGGUGCCUGUGAUUGGGUGCUUAUACACCUGGUCUCCGGGAGAUCUGAUCAAAACCCUAUAUUCACAGGGAUCGAAGUGCACCAGGACUUAGUCUAUUAUCAGGAUUGGCAUCAGGCUGUAUCAACUCACAAAGAUUCUCCUCCAAAAAGUGACGUCAUCAACUGGUCUGUGUGAGAGCACCAUCGUGUUGAAAUAUCAAUAUCUGACCUUCAUGAUAGUCCAUUUGUCAUCCAUAUACAUCCAAUAGUGAACCUAGAAAUUGUUAAAAGUACGAUGUUUUAUGGUCGAUUUAUGAUAAUAAGGGUUUUCUGAAGUGAUUUAACUGGGUUGCCGAAAAAGUUUGUUUGGGGAAAAAAUGAUAUAGGCUGAUUAGGGAGGGGUGCAAUCGCUUAACAUGGCGUUGACUAUGACUUAGCAUUGGGAUAUCACCAUAUACCUAGUAUGUUACCAUGGGAAUAGAUACAAAAUUUUUCCCCAAAGUUAUUUUUUUGGCAACCCAGCUAAAUCACUCCAAUAAUCCCUAAUGAUAGUAUUUACACAGAAAAACAUCAUACUUUUAAAUAUUAAUACGUUCAGAAAAUGACAAAUGGACUAUGAUGUCUUUUAAUCGUGAUGUAAUUUUUGAAAAUACGUUUAAUAACUAAGAUGAAGUAGAUGGAUUGCCAAUUUAAUUAUACAGAGACUACUAGUAUGCACUAUGCAUACAUCUUUUUUCAUGCUCAUAUCUACUGGGUUGUUGUAACUCUCAUAUAGCUCUAUUGAAACAUAU